GUCUCUACUGUCUAAAUUUUUUUACUAUGUUAUUUAGUUUUUUGUUUUUUUUAUUGUUUUACCAUUAAUUGACAAUUAACUUUUUUUAAAAAUUAGACUAGUUGAUGAGAAAUAGAUCAUUUAUCCCUGUUUCUUUUACUCUUUUAGGCACACACCCGGUAAUAGGUAUUUUGUAAUAUUAUUUUGCUUUAAAGUAGUAGUCAAGUGACCUUACACCAUUUAUCAACAUCAUCAGCAUUUGCAAAAAGAACAACAGCAAGAAGUAAAUGUGUUUCUCUGUGUUCGUAGUAUUUGUCUUGGUUUGAAAAAAUACAACAUGGAAAAUGUGGCUCAAGAUGUUCAAGUAAGCGGCUAUUCUCUUUGUGUUCCUCAAUCUGGCCAUAUUGUGUUCUCACCUCCGCUGCAACCAAAAAUGUCACAAAAAUGUGUCAUCAUCCGUCGUGAUGAGAAAGGUUUUGGUUUACGGGUUUCUGGUGAUAAUCCGGUCAGGGUAGAGUCAGUGAAGCCGGAUGGUGCUGCAUGGAAAGCUGGUGUUCGCGCGGGCCAAGUGAUAAUCAAAGUUAAUGGUACUUGUGUACUUAAACACAAUCAUCAACCAGUUGUCGAUAUGAUAAAACAAUGUCAAAGUUAUGUUGCUCUUACCCUGGCCUUGUCUGAUGAUGUUUUACCUAACUCUUGUCCAACUACUCCUUCGAUAUCACCACCACUACAUCCCUCAGCGUCUUCCAAUAGCAGUUUAAAUCAAAUAAACAGAUCUGAAUCAUUAAAGGCUAAAGAAACAAAACGCAAUCAUCGUAAAAUAAGUGACCCGGCUUUACCCUCAUCAUCAUCUAUGUCAUCAUCUAUGUCCAUUAGUAACAGUGAAAAAUUGAACCUCCUAGCCCCAAGUUCAGAAUCAUUGAAUUCAGAUGAAGAUGGUGCAAAUGAUGAUGAAGAUUAUUGCUUCCAGGCUCCAAGCCAUCCCCCUCCGCCUACGCCGUCGAUUUCAAAUUCACCGACAUGUGUGCCUCCCCCAUUGCCUCCAAGGAAUCAGCGUCUUUUCACUGGUUCAAAACGAAUGGAAAUUAUUAAUGAGUUAUUCAACACUGAAGAAACUCAUGUUGAGUAUCUUGAAGUGUUACAUGAUAUAUUUUAUAAGCCAAUCAAGACGGAACAAUUAUUAACUGCAGAGCAAAUUCAGCAAAUAUUUUCUACUCAUGAUGAUCUACUAAAGAUACACAAAGCCAUGGUCAAACAAUUUAGAGCCAAGAGAAAGGAAUAUGAAGAGAGUAUUAAAUCACAAUUACAAUAUCCUCAAAAAUUUCCUGAGAUGUCAGAUUUACAGGUUGGUCAAAUGCUGGUCAAUAUUUUUGAAGGAACUUUGGGCGAUGCUUUACAAAAUGCUGCGUCUACAUUCUGUGCCUCUCAAACGGCUGGUCUGGAAUUACUGAAUAAAAUGAAAAAAGAUUCAAAGUUUGCACUAUUCUUGAACGAAGCAGAAUCCCAUGAAAGAUGUAAACGUCUUGAUCUCAAAGCUUUGCUAGCAUUUUGUUUCCAAAGGGUAACUAAGUAUCCUCUUUUGCUGGACAAUCUAUUAAAAGCCACGGAAAGAGGUUCAAAGGAAUAUGAAUUGAUUGAACAAGCUUAUCAGCGAACAAAAGAUAUUUUACAUGUAAUCAAUGAGAAAAAACGGUGUGCUGAGAAUAAAUUAAGAUUAAGAAAUAUUCAAAAGAAAAUUGUAAAACAAGAAAAUCUUAAUCUUGAUUUAACUGGCAAAAUUUUAGUCCAUGAAGGAUUCCUCAACUGGAGACAGUCGAAACAGAAAUGUACCGAUGUGCUAGUUGUACUUUGUACAGACGUAAUGGUCAUUUUGAACCGUGAUGGGGAUCGCUUCUUACUUAAAAAUCAUCCAAAUCCACCUAUUUUAAAUGUUUCAAGUCUACUGACUCGAGAUGUGGCCACUGAUAAGACAGCUUUCUAUCUUCUAUCUAACAGUGAGAAUGAAUCAGCAUUCUAUGAAUUUCAUGCUGCCACAGCAACAGAGAAAGAUUUAUGGACUCAAAAGAUUCAAGAAAUAUCCUCGAAUGGUCGUAAACAUCCCAAUCAUACUCAAUCUUUCUCCAAAUUGAUUGACCUUAAAUCAAGUACCAGUCGAGAAGAUGAUGAUGACGAUGUUAAAAGUAAUAAUGUUAAAGAGAAAGAGUUAAAUAAAGAAAGAAGGAAAACAAUAUCAACUAUUUCGCCUACCACCGAGGAUCUUAUGGGCAGUGAAGAUUCCAAGUCAAGAGAAAAAGAAAGACGGACUAAAAAUGAAGGAACCAUAACCUAUGUCACUGAAGAUGAUCUUCUUAUCCCUCCUAACGCAGUCGAAGUCAUUGCUCAUGACAGAGUCGAAGAGGCCAUCAGAGUGGUCACAUUAGAAGAGCGUUUAAAUAAAUUAGAUAAUAAGUUGACUGAAAUUUUAAAAGAAAGAUUACAUCUGAUUCAGGAGAUUAUUCGUGUAAAUGAUCCAAACGAAUGGAAUAUAAUCAAUGACUUAUCUCAACACGAGGAAACAACAAUCGCCUCUAUUUUACGUGUUAUACAGGAAGCUAUGUCACUCACCUCGCACCUUAAAGACAGAAAGGAAAUUAAGGAAAAGACAAAAUCUGGAAAUAAUCAAAAUGAAUUAGAAUCUCGAGUUAUUGAUGAUGAUGAUGAAAAUAGCGCUGAUAUGUAUGACGAAGAUAAUGAUAGUAAUGAUGUAAAAGAAUAGGCUCUUUUUUGAUUGAUUAAUUUAUUAAUUCCUGUGAAUUCUUAAUUCUUAAUUGCAACUAUGUUUAUUAUUAAAUACAAUUUAUUUCCUUUCCAACUGUCAA